CUGUUCCUUUUACGAAUCAUUCAUUCACUGAGUUGUUCCACAUGGCUGCUUCAUGAUGCUAAAUUCACACAGACCUCAAGGCUUGUCUAGUUGAGGUAAGAAUAAAUUGUUUCGUUUUCGAUCUCUCCGUGAAUGGACAAGACUUGUAGCGUUGUUGUUUUUGGUCUAUUUCCGCGAGGAAGUGAAGUUUAUUGUUAUACGUCGAGUUAAUCGCACUUAAGUUUGUUUUCCAAAGAACUGAAACAUCACAAAGCAUUGACAGGAGGACCCAGUUAACACGGAGACAAGUGUUGCUAGCCGGAAUAGAGAUGCUAUCAUGCAAUGUGCUACUAGUCCAUUCAAUGAGGAGGGUAGAAAGGAAAACGAAAAUUCUGAGGAAGCAAAGAAAACUAAACCCAACAGGGCGCGUUUGCUUCGAAGAUACACGUCGCAUUGUCUUCUGUUGAAUGAGAAUCGUAACGAUGUUGAUCCUAAACCGAGUAAACAGGAUUCGACAAUGUCGUCGAGCACGAGUGGUUUGCUGUUUACAAGACCCCUGUCAAGUUCCACUAAAAAGCAACCGAAGCCAGAAGCUUUGACUCGCCCCAAAACUAGCCGUCCGAACUUGGUUCGCGUGAGUAGCAAGACUGAAAUUAUCGCGGACGGGAAAAACUCAAAACAGGGCAUAGCAAAGGCAUCUUCGCCAACCAGAACUUCUGUUCCGACACUACGCAGACAGUCAAGUUAUUUUAGUCUAAAAAGUAUCCGGCGUUCUCUGUCUGUGGAAGAAGCGAGCAAGCGCUUGAGAAGGAAGGGUUCUCGAGAUGAGAAGGAGCGCAAACUUAGGCGAAAAAGUUUUGUCGGAAUAGCGACCUCGAUUGACGAGGAAGAACAAGAAGAAAAAAGACAGCUGGUAAUGUAUCAUUUUUUCUUCCCCUAGGCUAAGACAAGGUGCAAGAAGGGAGGAGUUAAUUUUGCAUAUUUAUCGCGGCUUCCCUUGCAUUCAGUCCCUUCUGCGAUUGCCAAGUUGGUUCAGUUCUUAGAGCUCGUAUACUUUACCUUCUCAUGACUGGAGAUGAAAUGAUAAAUAGAUAUGAAGAGCAGUUUAAUUUUCCUGAAGAUUUAAGUCAAGCUUCACAAGGCAUCAUAUUCGCCUCAAAUAGUAAGGGUGUCAUCAGUUCCGUUUAGAGUAGAGCAUAAAAAAGAGCUUUUUGAGGGCAAAGAAAGAAGGCAUCGUUUAAUCGCAUAAAGCUACACGUGUAAACAGAUGCAACAACCCCCAACAAUUUUGGGACCUGCAAUGCAUCUUGGGGAGGAUACAUCCGAUAAGGAUUUGUAACUUGAAGGAGAUCUCGUGGAAUGCACGUGCAUGGCUCCGACAAUGUUGAAAGAGCUACGUGCAAACUGAUCCAACAUUGUUGCGCUACGCUUCGGCAAUCACGGAACAAAAGAAAUGUUGGGAGUUGCCGAAUCAAAAGUUUGACCAUCAGUUUCAAACUUUGCGCAACAACUCGCAACAACAUGCAACAAGAUGUGUAAACGGACGCAACAUGUAACAUGUCCAACAAUGUUGGGAGUUUUUGGCCAACAAUGUUGAGUACGUCCGUUUGCACGGGGCCUUAAGAGGGAUUUGGUUGAUUGGUUGCUUGAUUGAUUUUAUUGUUUAUGUAGGCUGCCACCAGGUUUCGCCGUGCCGUGUUUCUAAUCCGUAUAUUCAGCUCCCUCUGCCUAAGCAUUAGAAAAUACGCAGAUCAGGAUAAAUCGAGACAGUACGAUCUGUAUUACAUGAGGGAUAUGUUACCAGAAAACGAAAAUAACACAACACUAAUACAAGCUAUGCCGAUUACGUUCAACAAGCACCUGUUCUCCAGAGAUAAUACGGUAAGGUUUUGCUACUUUGUACCAAAUUCGUAUCGCAAUAUCGUUUCAUGAGUCACCCUUGUCUGCAAUCGUUGACACAAUCAGUCGAAACACUCUGCCCUUAAGGGCUUCUCUGAAGUUUUGUCGACUUAAGACGAGAAAAAACAUUAGCUUCCCCUUCCCCACCCCUCCAUGCAAAGCUAUGCCUCUAUUGAAGCUACCCUAACCUUGUUUGGAAGGUAGGGGGAGGGUUGCGUAUUGUUUUGUUUUCCAAAGCACUCCAUUUGACGACAGUGUUUCAACAAUUUUGUCGCCGAUUGUCUUUUGCAAUAUUUGGAAUGAGAAGAAACCUGGCAGAGAACAUGGCUUAACAAUACUUGGGGAGACUCAUUCAAUCCUCGUUGAGGAAUCAAACUAAUACUCGUAACAUUCUGUAUGUUACAAGGUUCACGUUUUCUCUUCCACUGCACGAGGUGCUCUGACAUUGCGUCAUAGCGUAGGACAUGUGUCACAUGAUCAGUCCAAAAUUUUGUACAGUUAUAAUCACUUUUGGCGGAGGCUUCUGAUAGGCCAGUUUUAAAUUACUGAGUAUCAAAAUUCAUACUUGGCUUAGACGCUUAGUGGGGUGAGGUAAGCAUCACUUUUGUUGCAAUCUAUGACUUCUCUAGGCCAUGGCUAUUAAAUUUCCUUGUUAGUGUCUAGAUAGAUCCACCUGAUUUCUAUCAAUACUUCUCUUUUUAUAUCUUCCUGCGGAAGCCAAAAAGUUAUUUCCCUCAAAUAACUCGACCAGGAUAACAUCGUGCCUAGGUCUAUAAAUCAGCUAAAAUUACUCUCGAGAAAGGGUAUCACUCGAAAAAACUGUUUAAAUCCCCUGAGUCUCAGCAGCGGCAGCACCCAAUUAUAAGUAACCUGUUUAUUUUAUUUAAAGCUUCAUUUUCCCCUGUGGGCUCGUUUGACUUGUGCCAAGAAGCCCGAAGAAAGAACUGAAGCUGAAAUGAAGAAGCUUGCGACUUUGCUGCGAGGAAUGAAGAGCUUUGGAAAAUUUUCCCGCGAGGCACAGCGAAACUUGUGUCAGACCAUGACUUAUGCAUGGUGAGAAUAGCUUUACUAAUGUUGCCAAACUUAGAAUUUAAGAUAACCAAGAAAAAUGACUAAAAGCGAAAGAUGAACCAACAAAAAUUUGAGAAAAUGGUUACACUUUAUUGGCAAUUCAGGGUUUCAUUAGAACCUUGUUUUUACUACAGAUAGAAUAAUAUAUAACAGCGCAAUAACAUAAACUUCCUCUGGAUUUCUGCUUUGUUUUCCUCUCUAGUCCUCUCUUUUUAUAAAGUCAUUCUUCUCUUUCAAUUAUUUCCUCAGUUAUGAACGCAGAAGGUUGAUCGUGCGGCAGGGACAUCCGGGAUUUUGUUUCUACUUCAUAGUCUCGGGCUCAGUCUCCGUGACUAUAACGCGAAAGGAUUACAAGACCGGUGUUUACGUCACAAACACUGUUGAUGUCCUAGAGAAGAACGAGGCCUUUGGGGUAAUAUGAUAUUCUGUAACGUCACUGAUUACGAAAGUUAUAAAUUGGUCACUGGCUCUUAUUCUUACGGACUUAUUCUUGAAGUCCCUAAGAGAAUCCUUUUUUUUUUUCUUCCUUUUAUUACGUCAAUAUUGAAAACUUGGCAAUGACUGAUAACCGUUAUGUUUGUAGCAACAAUCUUUCUUGUAACUAAAGACUCCCGAAUUAAAUAAGAAGAGUUAAUUUAAAAGUAAUAAUUUUCAAAGAAAUAUUUAUUUCAAACGUUGAAUAUUGCUUGUUAGCAAGGACAGUUGAAGAGCUAUUUUACAAACUUUUCGUUUCACUAAAACACUUGUUUUCGCAGGAAAUAGCACUCAUUUCAGAAGAAGCAAUAAGAACAGCUACAAUUAUCUGUCGAGAACGUGUAGAGGUUCUGGUGGUUAACAGAGAGACCAUCUUGCAAUAUUGUCCCGAUGUGUUUCAGCGAGAAUACGAUGAAAAAGUACAGGUCAUGAAGUAAGUAAACCCUAUCCUGGGUAGUGACUGAUAAAUUUGCUGUUGUACACGUGAGGCGCUCGUGUUCUGAAUGUAGGAAAAGUGUGACUGUUUGUUGCUAACGCGUAGGAUCACGUUACUGACAUGUGGAUUUUGGAAUGCUAGCUCCAAGUUUCUUUGCUUUAUUUUGAGAUUUCGUUAGGGAUUAGGUUUGUCUCGUAUAUCCGAACGAUAUAAGCUGUCGUUGUGGAGAGAAAAGAGUCGACAUCGUUAGUGUGUUUAAAAGAUCUCGAAUACGUCACCGAAAUGCAUUGACCAAGACGGCUUGGGAAAACGCCGUACAGGGACUAGGCAAAGGCGCUUCGAUUUUUCUGAUUUUUGCACAGAGGCGAGCGCGAAACGCGAUUGACUGGUGAGGAGAAGCGAUCGUUUUUUUUCCACCGAUUUCUAAAUCAAUGGAAAUAACUCAACUCGGUCCAUAAUUUACAGAGGUGUUUAUUCUCGAAAUUUUCACUAAAAACCUUACUGCUGUACAUAUCCUGUAAGAAUAAACUGCUGUGGCUGAAUAGUCCUGAUUAACAGAGGAAGUCUCCUUACGAAGCCGGGGGGGGUGGGGGGAGGCGGACUUGGGCAAAUUUUGUGAGGCAACCUGCUGAUUGAUUUAGUGAAAGGAAUAACAAAGCGUCUAGUUUGUGAUCAACAAUCUAGCAUUUUGGAUAGUCAUAACUAGUUACCAAAAAACAGAAACUUAUGCAUGCUUGUGCAUUCAUAGAGUUCUGUUUACAUCCUCAUCAAAUUCAUGUAUUGAUGAAAUGAAUAAUGUUCGAGAUUGUGAAACAUAAAGCACUGUUUUGUUUUCUCUAAAAAUCGAUUGCAGGAGCCAUUCCUUGUUUUGCGGCUGGGGAGAGGAUUUAUUACGAUCUUUAACUCAUCGUUCACAUAUCAGAGAGGUGAGGACGUUAUAGCUCAGGUUCUUUAUUCCACGUGGCGGCCAGGUUAUUCCCUCAGAAAACUAAAAGCUUUGUUUUAACUCGUCUGAACUUAAAAGUUUUCUUCUGUGAGGCUAGCCGCGCAAAAUGUUUUUUUGUUGGUUUGUUUGUUGGCUUGUUGUAUUUGGUAUUUUUUGAUGUAAAAAUGGCGGCUGUGUUGUACGUAAAGGUCUAUCCAGGCCACAAUGUUAAAAAAUUUGCCUAAGAUGCAUGGUCGACAGACAAGGAAAGGAAGCAUGAAAGUGUGCCCUGAUCCGGCUAAAGUUGCCGGCAGUUCAGCUGAUUUUGAUUUUGAAAGCAAAGAAAGAUUGGGAAUAAUUCGAAAGGGUUGGGCAGCGAUUUCAGUGCAAACGCUGUCCAAGAAAACAACUGUACUGAAGGCUCAGAUUCCAGAAGACCUUAAUUUCUCAGAAACUGAGGGGAAAAAUAGGGAAGGGUUAGCCUGCGAGCAAGCUCUCCUAUUUGGGCGAGUGAAGCGAGUCUCGCGAGAACGCGUGAGCGAGCGGCGAAGCCGCGAGGGGCCGGCGAAAGGCCCCCUCGCUCGCGCGUUCUCGCGAGGCUCACUUCGCAUACCCAAAUAGGAGAGCUUGCUCGCAGGCUAGGGACGGGUGAGCCUUUCUUCCGAUAAGGCUUAAGCUAAACCAAUUGUGGUGAGAGGUAUAUGGCGCUAGAAGUGAAUCCCAUUAGUAGAGCUGUACGUAAUGCGAUGCGUAAACUAAAAAGAUCUGAUUAAAAAUUCUCCUUUGUGGCCCCUUUACGUCUCCUUUGACAUAAGUUAAGAGAACUUUACUUAUGAAAUUUAGGGUUAUACGAAGAUAAAGUCAUCUGGCUCAUAUAUUUGCCUAUUUUCAUGAUAUAACCUGUUAGCUGGCCAAUAUAUUGUUGGAAGAAGUUACGUGCUAAUCACUUUCUGAAGUUAAAGGUUAAAGGGUUAACCGCUCCAGUUUUUUUGUUAAUAUGUUUUCUAGUAUUCUUAUGGAAAGCUUGUCGAUAUCGAUUCAACAGCCUCGGAGUCCAUUUACUUUGUAAUAAAGGUAAGUUUUUCAAUAGAUGACUGUGAUAUUGAAAUCGUGCUACUCAGAUCAAAGGAAAUUAGAUUUUACAGUUUUUACUCUUUUUUUCUUCGCGCAAAGCAAUUUACAAAGUGGGUGUCCUGUAUGCAGGUGGCCUUGGUAGGAGAAGGAUACUUGAACAAGCCCGGAUACAUACUGUAUAUGUAUGGGCGGUUAGAGCAUCUCAGAGUCUUUGUGCUAUGUCCUUGGAUUCUCCGAGGAGAGAGCGCCAAUGGCGCUCGAUGGCCAGUCUGCCGGUAUUCCAGAACUGGCAACGCAGCUAUGGAGACCUGCUGGCUACGCCACUGUUUGAUUCCAUUCGAUUUACCCCUUGCAACCCCUUAGCAUGGCAUGUGUAAUUUAUGGAGAAGUAUAAGUUAGACUAUGAGCAGUCUCUCUAUUUUCUUAGUCUGUCGAACGAGACGCGCGAGACGCGCGUAACUGAAGACGUGCUGUCGCCCUCGUUUCUCGCUUCUCGCGGCUUCACCGUUUGGCACUCGCGCGCGCGCGCACACUCGUCUCUAAAUCUAAAGAAAACGACACACUUCUCCCAUUUUCAGUAUAAUUUACCCUUUAUGAUCUGUUUUCAGGGUAAAAUUGACAUGUUGCGUCGCGUUGACUUAAAAGAUGUCCUCAAAUCUGGUGUUACGACUAGCUCAUUCCAUAAUCGAGCGCUUCCUCGACCAGCAACAGCAGUUCCUGGUAAAAACGGAAAAAAUACAUGCUAUGUUAACGUGGGGUCUUUGCAACCUAAUGAUUCCUGGGUAAGUAGUCAAAAAACCUGCUUUACUCAAAUUUCCAUCUAUUUAGAAAGAGGUGCCGAUUGUGGACACAGUUUUUGCGUACAAUACAUUGUACCAAUAUCAGCACCGAAGCACACACUGCCAAUUGCAACUCCGAAGUUAACUCCGAGGUAAGGCCAGUACAAGGUAAGGCCAGUACAUUACGCAUGCGCAAAGCCAUAUCACCCGGGCAGUGGCAACCAAGGACAGCUGUUUCGUCCUCAUUAGGACUCAUCAGCAUGGCAUAGCCCCAGGCGAGAGGUCUCACUUGCGGGUCAUCGACCCCGCUGUUCACUGCCGAGACGAGUGUAAAAGCACUUGUCAAGCGCCAGAUCUACCGUACACAUGAUAGUUGGUGGUGUGUGCUACGGUGCUGACAUUAAUAUAAUUUUUGCGUAGCCUACCAGAGACGGAACUGCUAUUCUUUAUCAUUAUUGCUUUUUUUUUUCAUUAAAAAAAAUAUUUUUCAUUUUCUAGGAUCUAAAAACCCUUGGAAUGGACGCCCCAUCAGGACAGGGGAACAUUUUAGUCAGCGCGGGAGUGAGAGUGUUGAAGGUGCCUAAAAGGAGAGUAAUUGAGUUAAUUCCCAAGGGACAUAUGGAGGUGUUUCAAGAGAACUUCUCCCCUCGACACAGGUCAGAGCCUAGUAACCAGGCCUAUGUUUCUCAAAGCCCCUCAGAUGUCUUGCACUUCUUCUAACAAUUACGAUAAUGAAGUAGCCUUCAAAUACAGCCGCGGUGUCGGGGAUCGAUAAGAAGCGGCUGUUUUCGCAGGCUAAUAAAGGAGUUGCUAGCCUCCCACGUACGGGAGUCGUAUUUCCUCCCUUCCCAGAAAAAGCGUUUCUCGUGAGGGAGGAAAUACGACUCCCUCCCCUAAAAACGCCUGCGUGGGAGCUAUAGAGCUGCCUGUUUAUAACAAAAUUUGGUAAGUGGUCGUGCCCUUUUUCAUCCUUGCUUAGACUGUUCAGAGUCCUCUAUUUUUCCUUACGAUCGUCGAGAUCGAGCGGUUUGCAUUACGGGCUGCCAUCUUGCAUGAGUGUCAAAACUACUUAGGAGAGGGGGCAAGGGGACGGUUCCCGACGCCAGCCCCCUCGAUACAUUUAAAUAUCAAGAUGUCCGUCAUUAACAGUAAGGCGCGCUACGAUCUCACGAAAAAAUAGGGGACUGUGAACAGUUUAAUCCUGGGUAGAAACCAGCACAAUUUUGUUUUUUUUUGUCUUUUAAAUGAACAUCUGCAGGAGCAUAUCACUGUCUAUAAUUUCAGCCAGCCUCAAAACAUAAAAUGUAUAGAUUUUUUUUUAGAUUUCUAAAGUUCGAACGUAUCCUUCGUUCCUGUUUUUGUAGGUGCCUUACAGAGGAAGAAGUGUACCGUGAUUAUUUGGCCGCAGAAACAUGGCUAGAUUACAGAAAAAAGGUUCUUCGAAAUGUAAUGGACAUCAAAGCUGGACGCUUUAUAGCCCAUGUGUCCGCUACAGCAAAGGGUUCUACAGGCUGGACGGCAUGGCCUGGAACCCAACAAAAAACGUGA